UGUAGUUGCGGAUAUCUAAAUAGAGUUUUGACUAAGCAGAAUUCCAUUGCAGAAAUCUUUAAUGUGAAUUCGUAUAUCUUAUACAUGUUAAAUCCGCCCGCCAUAAGCGUUGCCAUUGCGUUACUUCCUCGUCUUCGUUGUCGGUAACCGGGCAACGGCCCACGCGCAGCCCGUUACCGUGCAGCCGCCGUCUGCCCCGGUAAGCGUCAAUAUAACCAGAGAACGUCUUCUAUUCCCCGGGUGAGCUGGUAGAAUGUACGCGAGAGCUCCGCGGGUGACGGUGCUGGAAGCCAGCGGCACUUCGUCCACAGUCGGCCCCGGGUUGUACGACAUCAGGCGCGGCGACCGCAACGCGUCAGAUGGCUACGCCCCGUUCCUGUCCCUGACCAGCAGGCAGCCGGUGCUGGGCUCCGCUGAGAGCAGCCCUGGACCCGGACACUACGACUCCUCGCCGGUGAAGCUCCACAUCCACGGCGGCUGCAGCCUUAAGAGUAGCUCCAAGCGUUUUCAGGAGCCGAGGUCAGAGGUUCCUGGACCCGGAGCCUACGAUGUGGUACCGGCGGAGGACGACGCGAGACGCGAUGAGAAGAGCGGCAGAAAAAUGGCUAAAAGUCUCCGACCGGUUCAUCAGUCCGAUAUCCCUUCCAUUCCCUCCCCGGGCCAGGCCUAUGGCUAUGAGCAGGAUGCCCUGGGUGUGAUCCGCAAGCAGCGGCCCCCUCCUAGAGACACAACCCUGGGGCCAGCCUACUACAAUCCACUGCUGUCUGAGAUGAGUUCUGCACACAAGUAUAAAGGGGUCCACUUUGGCAAUAAGACCAGCAGGAGAAGUGAGGGGGCUGUGGAGGAGGGACCUGGACCAGGACAAUAUAACCCUGAGAUGAUUCCAGAAACGCACUAUGAGAAUGUGAACCUUCAAAAGGAGCAGAAAGGCAGAACUGAGCUUGUUAUCCCUCGCUACCAUGAACUGGUGCCCAAGCAGGAGGAAAAGAAGGGAGUUCCUGGUCCGGGCCAGUACUCCAUCAGAAGCCAGUUUGACCGGCCUGUCAAGUCCGGUGGCAGCCAGCAGAGGUUGACCUGCCCUUUCCUCUCUCAGUCUGAGAGGUUUAGCUCCGUGAAAGAAGUGUCGCCCCCUGUUGGUCUUUAUAAUGACCCGCGCUGCUCCCUGGAGCUGCCCAAGAAGACGAGCGGAGGGAAAAGCCCAUUUGGCAUCACUGCAGUGCGGUUCACGCCUAACCCCAAAAAGAGCUCCACACCAGGUCCCGGGUCCUAUAAUGUGUUUGAGCAUGGUUUAGCUCGAGAGAGUUUUAAAAAGGCGCUUUUAGAGCGAACCAGGAAAGGAGGCUUUGGCUCGUGUGCUGAACGCAGCUCUUUCUUUCACAACAAGGAAUCGAUACAGGCCCCGAGUCCAGGGCAGUACCAGACAGAAACAAAGACAGAGGAGCCAUACAAGAAGCAACGAACAGCAGUUUUCAAAUCAACCACCGAACGUCUGGCGUUAUCUCUGCCAGCUAAAGAUUCACCUCCACCGAACAGUUACAGUGUGAGUCAGACAUUUGAAAAGGCUAACGGUGGCGCUCAUUCAGAACCGAGGAGUGAAGGAGCUAAGAAAAGACAGAGCUGCUUCCUGUCUGCUGCACCACGACCUACUUCCUUUCUGCAAUGUGACCCCAACGUGCCAGGCCCUGGUCAGUACGACCCCCGCGUCAACUCCCUCCCUCAGAUGGCUCUGAUCUGCUCCAGAGAAGAUCGAUUUAAGGUCUCCAUGAGUGUCAACCCCGGACCAGGCGCCUAUCAGCUGAGUCCAGGAAUCAUGAGCUCAGUGCUGAAAGGCACCUUUAACGUGACACUGGGCCACCACUGCUCCUCCCGCGUGGCCCCUGCUCCUCCUGCAGCCUACAGAGCCCAUAACGCACCCACAGCCUGUAUUGCCACCAGCGCUUCCUAGAGCUCUCGUGGGUCAAGGUUUAGAGGCGGCAGUUUGAAGGAAGCUCUUCAUCCAGUGUUCCACAGUAAAUGUUACAGGGAACCCUGCUUUCACAUCUGAUGUCUUCCUUAUUGUUUAGUUUUGCUUAUGACAGGCUUGAAACGCUGAGUGGGCUGUUUUUGUGGAUCAGUCCCUCUGUAUAAACGUUUGUUAAUCAAUAACAAUUAAAAAGCUGUUGAUGGAAAUUCAG